UUCUUUAAUUCAACAAUGUAUUAUUUUCAGGCUUUAGUAUCAGUUUUGUUGGUUGCCGUAUAUGGUGCCGAAGUCCGUAAUCCCGUUGUAGCUCGCAUCUUGGCCCAGGACCAGUCUGUUAACCCAGAUGGAAGUUACGCAUGGAAAUACGAAACUGAGAAUGGCAUCCAAGCCGGAGAGGAAGGAGUUCAAAAACCAGUGCCAGAAGGUCAAGCAACUGCUGCUCAAGGUUUCUUCCGUUACCAAGCUCCCAGAGGAGAACCAAUUGAAGUAAGAUACACAGCUGACGAAAACGGUUUCCACGCUGAGGGUAAUGCUAUCCCCCAACCCCACCCAAUCCCACCCCAAAUCCUUAGAGCUUUGGACUGGAUCGCCGCACACCCUGAACCAGAACAACGCCCACAAAUCCAACAAGCUAAAUACUACCAAUAAAAAUUAGAUUAACUUUGUUUUUCGUGUAUAAAUAAAAUAGACCUAAAAAAAGUUAA